AUGUGAGCAGAGUAUUCCCAGGUUGUGUGUGAAAAAUAUCAUAUUUUCAUACAUCAAGUUGUAUUUAUAUGAUACGCAAAUAGUUUCACAUUGAUCACAUGUGCGAUACCGGUGCUAACUUGCAAGACGCGAGAUCUAAAUGUCACCAUGUCGACGGCGUCAACUGUGGAUACCAACUCUGAGGAAAUCGUGAGAUACAGCAGUUCACAUUUCGAUUGGAAGAAUUUUAUGAAGUCAGUCACCGGCGUGCUCCUUAUAAUACAAACGGUAUUGGCUUUCGUCGUGUUCUGGUUGGCAUUAUUCAGCUCGUCACAUUGCAAAGAAACUUAUAAAUCACGAUACGUGGUAUCCAUGUCAACAGCAGCGGCAAUAGUCGCACUAACGCUGGCUACAUUAUUGCUGUUUACGCAACAGUUCUGUGGUUUAUGCAAGGACAGUGCCGGAUACCCGAACAGCUUCAUAUAUCUGUGGAAUUUAGUGAUACAGUUCAUCUUCGCUAUCGUGCUCAUGGUGAACGCACCUCUCUAUAUGGUAGCAAGUUGCAAAAGCGGAGGCCAUAUCACAGCCGCGGUGUUUCUGUUCGCGCUCCUGGCGACGUUCAUUGUUGGCGUGGUGAUGGGAACCAGGGAUUUCCAGGCCGCCAGAACAGCAAAGAUCUGCAAAAUCACGAAAACCGAACUCGAUUCUGACACACGCCCUCGAUACUAACUCCGAUGAUGAAAAUAAUGUUUUGAUUAGGAAUUUCAAAACAUCAAUCAGAAACAAAAUCCAAACUGUAUUUGAAAUGUCGCAUGCAGGGCUAACGCAAUCAAACAUUACAUAUAAUCGUCCAUUUCAUAAUUCGUCCGUUCCAUAAUCGCCGUUUUGCCCAAAUAGCCAGUGUUGUGUGAAUUUCGCAUUUGAAUAAAAAGCCGUAUGACUCAUUAUAGCCAGUAAAUGGCGCAGCAUGCCACUUUAUACGUGUCAAUCGUAGAUAUCUACGAGAUACAUUAUACAAUUUUCUUACAAUCCCUGUAAAAUUGUCAU